AUGUUCAAAGCAUAUGCGAUUUUUGGGGAGGCAUUUGAAGCUUUUGGUUUUUACCGACUGAUGCUGCGUGAAGAGUUUAAGCCGGAUUUGAGCACCUUUAUUAACCUGGCUGCGUCAUGUCAGAAACCUGAUACACUAACGCAAGGAAGAUUGAUUCAUUCUCAGGCAAUCUGCCUCGGUACUGAUCAAGAUAUAGAAGUGAUCAAUACCUUCAUUUCCAUGUAUUCGAAAUCCGGAGAUACCUGUUCAGCGAGGCUUUUGUUUGACUGCAUGCCUUCAAGAACAUGUGUUUCUUGGACUGUGAUGAUAAGUGGCUAUGCAGAGAAAGGCGACAUGGAUGAAGCUUUGGCUUUAUUUAAUGCCAUGACCAUAACAGGAGUGAGUCCAGAUCUAGUUACCUUACUCUCCCUCAUUUCAGGUUGUGGAAAAUCUGGUUCACUAGAGAUUGGAAAAUGGAUUGAUGCUAGAACGGAUACUUAUGGCUGCAAGAGAGAUAACGUCAUGGUCUGCAAUGCUCUUAUUGAUAUGUACUCAAAAUGUGGAAGUGUCACCGAAGCUCGAGACAUCUUCGAUAACAUGACUGAGAAAACUGUAGUCUCAUGGACUACGAUGAUAGCUGGAUACGCUUUGAACGGAGUCUUCCUCGAAGCUUUGGAACUUUUCAACAAGAUGAUAGACUUGGGUUAUAAACCAAACCAUAUAACAUUCCUUGCUGUUCUCCAAGCUUGUGCUCAUUCAGGCUCUCUGGAGAAAGGGUGGGAGUAUUUCCUCACUAUGGAAGAAGUAUACAGCAUCAGCCCUGGAUUAGACCAUUACUCUUGUAUGGUAGAUCUUCUUGGAAGGAAGGGAAAGCUAGAAGAAGCUUUAGAACUCAUUCGUAACAUGUCAGCUAAACCUGAUGCUGGGAUAUGGGGUGCAUUGCUUAGUGCUUGCAAGAUCCACCGUAACGUGGAGGUGGCUGAGCAAGCGGCUGAGUGUCUUUUUAACUUGGAACCGGAAACGGCUGCGGCUUAUGUAGAAAUGGCAAACAUAUACGCAGCUGCUGGUAUGUGGGAUAGGUUUGCAAAGGUUAGAUCCAUGAUGAAACGCAGGAAGAUUAAGAAGUAUCCAGGUGAAAGCGUGAUUCAUGUCAACGGGAAGAAUCACACUUUUACAGUGGGAGAACGUGACCAUGCAGAACAUGAAACGAUAUACCUUGUGUUGGAUGGUUUGAGCCUGUUUGCCAGAGAUGAACAUAUACUGCGUAAAGAUGGGUAUGCAGAACAGAGUUAUGAACUUCGGUGGGUUUAG